AUGGUUCGCCCCGAAGCCGGCCCCGGCAGGGCGGGGCUGCGGGCGGAAGGCUCCGUGAGGAGCGGAGCGGGGGGGGCGGUACCGGGCGUGCUGCGAGCGCCGUCCCGGGCUGAUCCCGCCUUACCGUGCGCGGGGGCCGCGAUGGCUCCCCCCAGGAAAGGCGACCUGAGCCCGGAGGAGAAGGACUUGCUGGCAGUGAUCGCCACAGGAAACACCGAGGAAGCUGGAAGACUACUGGGGAGCAAGAAUGUCCGUGUCAAUUGCCUGGAUGAGCAUGGCAUGACCCCUCUGAUGCACGCAGCGUACAAAGGGAAGGUGGACAUGUGCAGAUUGCUCUUGAGACACGGAGCUGAUGUCAACUGCAAUGAACAUGAGCAUGGAUAUACUGCCUUGAUGUUUGCUGGACUUUCAGGAAAUAAAGAAAUCACCUGGAUGAUGUUAGAGGCUGGAGCAGAAACCGAUGUUGUCAACUCUGUGGGAAGGACAGCAGCUCAGAUGGCUGCUUUUGUGGGUCAACAUGACUGUGUGACUGUCAUCAACAACUUCUUUCCACGUGAAAGGCUGGACUACUAUACUAAGCCACAAGGCUUAGACAAAGAACCAAAACUGCCAGUAAAAUUAGCUGGGCCUCUGCAUAAAAUUAUUACUACUACCAACAUGCAUCCUGUUAAGAUUGUGUUGCUGGUGAAAGAGAACCCUCUGUUGGCCGAAGUAGAAGCACUGCAGAAAUGUUACAGGGUUCUGGAUCUCAUUUGUGAGAAGUGUAUGAAGCAGAAAGACAUGAAUGAAGUUCUUGCUAUGAAAAUGCACUACAUCAGUUGCAUCUUCCAGAAAUGUAUUACAUUUUUAAAAGAGCGAGAGGAUAAACUAGAUGGAUUUAUCAAAAGCCUCUUGAAAGGGAGAGAUAAAGAUGGUUUCCCCGUGUAUCAAGAGAAGCUAAUUCGAGAAAGUAUCCGGAAGUUUCCUUACUGUGAAGCUACAUUGCUCCAGCAGCUUGUGAGAAGUAUUGCUCCUGUUGAAAUAGGCUCUGACCCCACAGCUUUUUCUGUGCUUACACAAGCGAUUACUGGCCAAGUGGGUUUUGUGGAUGCUGAAUUCUGUACAACUUGUGGGGGAAAGGGAGCAGACAAAAGAUGCUCAGUAUGUAAAAUGGUGAUGUACUGUGACCAGAACUGCCAGAAAAUACACUGGUUUACCCACAAAAAAGUCUGCAAGACCCUGAAGGAAAUUCACGAGAAACAAGAACUAGAAGCUGCCAAAGAGAAAAGGAAACAAGAAAAGAAGCAAAAGAAAGAUGAAAUGCAAGUAAUGGAGAGUAGUUCUACAAGUGAACAACAGUCAGAUCCUGGUCCAGAUCCUACAAAAGAAGUGGAUCCAAAUCAUCCUACUGAUGGAACAGAAGAACCUGAAUUUACCCAAGAGAUGGAGGCGCUAGCCCUGCAAGCUGAAAGUCCGCUGGAAAGUGAAACUGCCUUAGAUGAUAUUGAUCUUGAAAAAACUCAGGAUUCUGAGGAGUAAGAAGAGGGUAGGAAGGGACUGAGAGUUCUCAAGGGUACUAAAGAAUUCUUUUAUCCUGACCAUGUCUUAGUUCUUGGAGCAUGGCUUGUGAAAGACUUCCUUUAAAAGACUUCCUUUAAAAGAGUGUUUCUGUUCAUCAAGAGAUGGAAUACUAGCUACUUUGUCUAUAAAUACCCCAGGUUUUAUUGUAAAUUGUCAAGAUAGGUAUUUAUUAUCUGCUAAAAAUUAGUGGCAUAAAUCCAUCUGUAUGUAUACCAAUAAUAAGCCUAGUGAAAAUCUGAGUUUCUGUGGUUAAUGAACCACUUGGUGGAAAAUGAACAGCAUCUGAUUUGGAUUAUUUAUGUUUUCCAAACUUAAGAAGUAUUUUAGUCUUUUUUUUUUUUCUGCAAGUACAUAGACCUGUAGUUAAAAGCACUGGAAGGCAAACUGUUAAAAUGCUUUUUUUCCAGCACUUUAUGAAGCUUUAUCUGAACAAAUUCAGUAGCAAUUAAGUUCCUGAAGAUAAUCAUCUGAAGUCUCAACUUUUCGUGAUGUUAUUGUAAAUAUUUUUUACUAGUGAGAGCACAACAAUAAUGUAUAUUUUGUGGCAAUUGUAGUGAAUGAAACCGCUGUUUCAGGUGUCUCAAGCUGAUGGUGAAAUGCGUAUUUCACUAUUGGUUUGGUCAGAAAUAUUCCAAAGUCUAAUGAAGGGAAGACCAGAAUGACUCAAAAUAUUUUGACUGACAAGAAUAAUGCGUUCUAAAUAAUUUUUCAGGUAAAGAUGCCUUAGAGCACAGUGGGAUGUUGCUUAUGAAUUAUUUCAUAAACAAACAAUGCUUAAUAUUUUUCAUGCUGAACUGGUCACAGUGAGUUAGAUGAGAAAAUUCAUGUGUGCAUUGAUACAACUGGGAUUUCACUUUGGCUUUCAGCUAAAUACCAGAUCUAGAAAAUAGCUUCCCUCAACUUUGUUUUUCAGUCAGAUUUAUUUCUGUGUCUCAUGAAAUCAGUGGGAAUGCCACAACUGAAAAUACCACUUUGUUUUUCAGUCAGAUUUAUUUCUGUGUCUCAUGAAAUCAGUGGGAAUGCCACAACUGAAAAUACCACUUGCUGCAUAAGGAUGGCAAAAUUGGAGACUGUCCUACUGUCAGCUGAAUCACUGGUGUUCUAAACAUGGCAGUGUUCUUCUAACUAGAGGAGUAAGGACCAUCCUCAAAACAGAGGGAAAACACUAUUAAUUUUUUUUUACUUUUUAAUAUGUUGAAAGUUUUUAUUGAAUAUUCUGAAAACUGUAGGAGUGAUGAUACAUAAAUGCACCUGUGCAGGGAAUGUACCUGUGUUUUAAUUUCAAGUAUCAAUCAAUUAGUAGAUUGUGAAGAAUAAAGGGAAUUUUUUUAAAAGAAGGGGGGGCUAUGUGGCAAUUCUGUUUCCUGUAUCUGCAGCAUGGUGACUUUCUCAUGUGACAUGCAGGGGCCUCCUGUAGCUUGAGUACACAAGUUUAACUUGAUGAUAUUUGGCAAGCAAGAGAUGUCUGCCUGGAACUCAGAUCU